UUUGUAUUGUUAAGUUAAUCAAGACAUAGUGUGAGGUUAUGUGUUUAAAGGUGUGUUCAUUUUAUUAUUUCAAAAAGUGUUAACUCAGUUACAAUUGUUACAAGCUUUUCUAACUCAUUUGGAACAAAGUGGAAAUGGAUACACUCAUUUCCGUUCUUCUAAUCUCUUUUGUUUUAUCUGUGGCGAACUGUGACAAUGCCACUACUCUAGCCCCUGCAAAAGUGAUCCCUUGGAAUGAAACCGGUAUUUGCAGAAAAUGUGUGUGCAAAGACGCAAAGGUCGAUUGCUUCGAUCAAAGCCUCACGGAGUUCUUCAAAAGCGAAGAUUGGGCUAAUUUAAAAGAAUUCAAACCCACAACAGUGGACCUCAGUGAAAAUGGUAUUACAAAUAUAACAGUCAUGGCGGAACUGCCCAUUAAAGUGCUCAACCUUUCCCGAUGCUCAAUAGCGUUCAUAGAGAACGCUAGUUUCAGAGAUCUGCAACAGAUGGAGGUUCUGGAUCUUAGUCAUAAUAAACUAACAACCGACAAGUUGAGUCCGCAUGCUUUCGAGGGACGAUAUUUACCAGAGGAGUACGAACCACUCGCUGCCAUGCGGACCCUGAACUUGGCCUACAAUGACCUCCACUCCCUCCACCAAGACCUUUUCGAACAUCUUCCAGAGCUGACCGAGCUGGAUCUCAGUGGAAACCCUCUCACCACGAUAGACCAUGUCACCCUCAUCGCUAUAUCGAGUCUACCAAUGUUGAAGGUCCUCCGCAUGAGAUCAUGCGCGCUCACAGAAAUCCCUGACAAGUUUCUCCACACUCCUCGAUUCCUGGAGCGCCUGGACAUCAGCGAUAACAAGCUCACUUCCAUCCCCCAAGAGUUGGAUGAGACGAAGAACUUGAAGUUUUUAAACUUGAACCAGAAUCCAAUAGUUCAGCUCGAUAUGUCGUCAGAGGAAUAUCCGGGAUUCCCCCGUCUCAGAAAGCUGCAAGAGCUACACAUGUGCAAUAUGAAGUCGCUGAAAAGCAUCGGCGCAAGCGCACUCGCGGGAUUGGAGAACUUACAAAUACUUCACAUGAGCUUCAAUCCUAAAUUAUCCUUUAUUGAUCCGAAGGCCUUGGCCAGACCUGAUGACAUCGGAGAAACGUAUGACUGGCCGCUUAUUAAGGAGCUGUACCUCCAAUCCAACAACCUCUCAGAGGUCGAUUCUCGGUUACUCUCCCGCUGGGACCUCUUGAGCAAGGUGGAUGUGAGCAACAACCCCUUCCUCUGCGACUGCAGCACGCAGUGGAUGGUAGACAUGCUGGUACCACUAGUGGAAGCUAAAGCCGUGAACGCUUCAGAGAAGAUGGUAUGUGAAGAACCUGUGGAAAUGAAGGGGUACACCAUGAAACAUUUGAACGAAAUACAUCGCACGAUGCGUUGUGUAGACAAGUACGGCAAUAGACCGGAGCGUGACGGCGCUAUGCUUCUGGGAACUCUUAUAGGCGUGCUGCUGGCGGUGCCCAUAAUGUUCUCGCUGCUGCUGCUGUGGCGGCGCGGGCUGUGCGGCUGGCUGGGCCUGCGCGGGCCCGCCGACGUGUCGCGCGCCUUCUACAAGCGCGCGCCCGCCGACGACAACUAUAUAUAAUUAUAAGAUAUAUUGUGUUAAAUUAUAUUACUUUUUAUUUUAA